AUGGCGUUUUGCUUCUUCUCUGCCGCCACUCUCGAGCUCAACCUCACAUUUCCAGGCACUUGUCUCAGUUUUCUGACUCUGACUUCCAGCCCCAGCUUCCGCUAUUUCUCAUCCUCUGAACUUGCCGUUGAACACAAAAACGCUGAUGAGGUAGUGCUAGUAACUGAUAUUUUCUCUAAAGGAUAUGAAACUACUGAUGAGAUGAAGGUCGAAUUAGAGUCCAACAAUGUCGUUAUUAGCCAUGAAUUGGUGCUAAAGGUUUUGCAGGAUCUUAAUGCAGCCCCCGAGGUUGCUAAGAGCUUUUUUGAUUGGGUUUCAGAGAGAGAAAAUGACAGAUUGAGCUCAAAGUCGUAUAAUUUGAUGUUGGGUAUGUUGGGUGUGAAUGGGUUUGUGAAUGAGUUCUGGGAUAUGGUUGGAAUUAUGAAAAAGAAAGGGUACGGAGUGUCAAAGGGUACAUUUAGUAGGGUUUCUGAGAAAUUCGAAAAGGAAAGAAUGGGUAGUGACUUAGAGAAGUUGAAAGAAUUGUAUGCAUCAGGGUCGGUGGAUAAUUCAAUUGAAAAGGAAGAUUGUGUUGAGAAGUUUUGGAGGGUGAUCCAUGAAAUGAGGGGUGGUGGGUAUGAAAUGGAGAAGGGGACAUACAUUAAGGUUUUGAGACAAUUUGUUAAGAGGAAAAUGGUAAAGGAUGCUGUGGAUUUUUAUGAGUUUGCAAUGACCGGUAAGACUAAACCUUCUGUUCAGGAUUGCACUUAUCUUUUGAGGAAAAUAGUGGCUAGUAAGGAGCUAAAUAUGGGUUUGUUUAUGAGAGUUGUGAGGGUAUUUAAGGAUAGUGGGAAUGUGUUGACGAAUUCAACCAUUGACGCUGUUCUCAAGUCUUUAACCAGUGUUGGAAGAAUUGGGAAAUGCAAUAAGAUAUUGAAAGCACUGGAGGAAGGUGGCCUCUCAGCUUGUGAUCCAAUGAAGGGGAAAAUUGCCUUUCAGCUUAGUAGUCGGGGGAAAAGGCUGGUGAUCAACAAAGCUUCUGAUUGUUUCCAUAAGAUGGUUGAUAAAGAGGGAGCUUCUUAUGCUGGGUAUGUUUUAGAAUUGUUGGUUAAUGCAUAUUGUCGUAAGAACUGGGCAAUGGAUGCGUGCAAGCUUCUUUCUGAUGUGGUCAAUGAGAAAGAGUUGAAACCUCGGCAUAGUACAUACAAACUAUUGCUGAGCAAGCUUCUUGUUCAGGGGAGGUUUAAAGAAGCUUUAAAUCUUCUAGUUUUGAUGAAAAGUCAAGGGUAUCCUACUUUCUUAGAUCCAUUCAUCGAGUACAUUUCAAAGACUGGAACUACUGAUGAUGCUGAUAAGCUUUUGAAAACUAUGACUGUCAAGAGUUUCCCAGCUACAUCAGUGUUUCUUCGUGCAUUUGAAGCAUAUUUUAAAGCUGGAAGGCAUAAUGAAGCACAAGAUUUCCUCUUAAGAUGCCCCGAGAUUCAUCCGUAACCAUGCUGAUGUUUU